UGCAAUUCUUUGGUACUUGUCCAAGCUCUAAAAAUGAUGGAAGUUGAAUGGAGGAGAAGAAACUAAAGGACGUGGCCAAAUGGAAGCCCAGCUCCUCACACAGCACCCCUGCUCCAUCUUCACGCAUCCUCGACCUCCUUAUCACCAUCCAAGGCGACCCAAAACCCCUUAUCCGGCCUCUCAUUCUCGCCGCUCGUGUUCUACCAGGUACCGUCCCUGGAACUCCAAUGCCGAAACCGCCCGUUCCUCACAGAGGUUCAACUUCGAAGACGACGAAGACGAAGGAGAAGAUCAAGAUUCUGAAUUUGGCUUUGGAGGAAGCAGAGGCUGGAAGAAGAAGAAGAAGAGGCGGUGGUGGUCCGACGAGUCUUAUUCCUCGCCAGAGAUGGAGGAAGGGUCUGGUGGGAUCUUCGAGGAAGCCUUUGACAGUUUCUGGAUUUUCAAGAUGUUCAGAUCCUAUGGUUGGACACUUCCACCCAUUAUCAUAUCUUGGCUGCUAGCUUCAGGCCCAAAAGCUUUUCUUAUGGCAUUAGUGCUUCCCCUUGGUCAGUCAGCACUGUCUCUGGCAUUUGAGAAGUUGUGGGGGAGGACACAAAGCAGGCCAAAACGCAAGUCCAGGAUGAGGAGGAAACCAUCUGCCAGCACUGUAAGUAGUGUUGAAACGGAGGCAGAAGAACAAGAUGAAAGUCAGGAAACCAGAAAGGGAAAGGUGGGAUAUCAAUCGUGGGUAGCAGGCAAUGAUGGUCCAGUUUCGAACGGUGGCCAAGAUGCACCAAAUUUUGGUGGCUGGGAUGACCUAGAUAGAUCUGGAUUCGCACGGAAAGCAUAUCAAAUGACUGGUGGGUCACGGCAGACAACAGAGAAGGGAAAGUUGAGUCGCAGGGAGAGAAAAAAUGGCACACCUCUGCUCUUGAGAUUGUUGAUUGCUGUUUUCCCAUUUUUGGGUUCUUGGACUAAGAUGCUAUAGUGAUUCCUACUAAGCACCCUUGAACUCAGAGUUGAUUGGUUUUGCCUGCAAGUACUGAGAGAUUGAGUCACUGAAUUUAGGGGCCAAUUGGUUCCUCUUCUUACUUAUCUUCCUCAGUUAAGCGAAGGUCAAGAAAACAAAAUUCAUUGGAGCCAAUUUGCAUAUCUAACAUCCUAUGAUGGGUUUUGGUGAUCGAGCCAAUCUGUUCCUGUGAGUGUGAGGUGAUGGGGCUCUCUCAGAAGGGUUCUUUCGUUAAUCUCAUUGCAGACGGUCCAACUAUAAUCUCCUGUGAUCCGCUACAAUUUGGUUCCAUACAUGGUGUAGAAUUUGACAUUUACUUUGAAAGAAAAAGUGAUGGUAGAACAA